AUGAAUUUUGUCUUUGUCAUCGUGUCCAUCUGCAUUCUAACCGUUUUUAUCGAGGCAUCGGACCGGGCAACCCCUUCCCGUUUGGAUUACCGGAAAUGGAACGGAUUAAAUGUCGUCAGCCCGGUUUACGAUCAGGGACCGAUCGAGUCCUGCUGGACUUUUGCGACUAUGGGAGCACUGGAAAGUCAGGCAUUAAUGGCAGGAUUUGACUAUGUGAAACUUAGCGAGCAGCAACUUAUUUCGUGUGUUCCGACCUACCGGAGACCAGAUUCCCCCGUUUCUGGGUGGGAUCAGCAGAAUGCGAUCCGUUACUUGCGCGCUCGUGGGGCCAUUGCAGACUCCGAUUAUCCGUACCGUUCCAACAAAACGAAAAGAACGGAGCGAUGCAAGGAUGCCGAUUACGACUACGUUGACAAGUUACGGACCUGUGCACGCAAAAAUUGCCUAUUACGGAGGAUAAAUUGA